AGGCUGUUAGUUGAGGCACACAGAUUCUCUCCGUGAGGCGCACAGACUUCUCUCUAACUGUGGCCGCGCGGGCUCUGUAGUUUGCUGCAGGCAGGCUCUCUAGUUGAGGCGCCGCCCUGGCUUACCUGCCCUGCAGCACAUGGGAUCACAGCUCCCUGACCAGGGAUCCAACCGGGAUCCCCUGCAUUCCAGGAAGGAUUCUCUACCAUUGGACCACCAGGGAAGUCCCUAGCAUUAUUCUUAAAUAUUUAUGUCUUUUUAUUUCUCCAGGGCCAGCGAGAUGUCAGGCUCAAAAAGCACCGCGGCUGUGAUCACAACAGAGUAAAAGCGUCCUGAGAAGCCGACGACCCGCCACAGCUUCCCAAGGUCAAGGCCGGGGUACAAUUUAAGAUUCCAGGGAGGGUCCAAAGGCGAGCCCCCCCUCCCCCAGCUUACCAGCGGCCCGGGGAGGCAGGGCGGGGUGGCCUGCCAAUGCUCAGACGCCGCGGCCUCGCGCAGGCGCACGAGAGACGGCCAGGGAGGGAGGGGGCGUGUUCGCCCGCGAGUGGCCGGCGAGGCAGAGGUCUGGGCCGCCGCUGCUGCUUCUCUGCCUGUGGGGACGCAGGGGCCCAUGGCGCUGCGGGGACUCUCGGUCGUGGAACUGGCCGGCCUGGCCCCGGGGCCCUUCUGCGGGAUGGUCCUGGCGGACUUCGGGGCGCAGGUGGUGCGUGUGGACCGGCCCGGUUCCCACAGCGACCUGGCCAGGUUGUCCCGAGGCAAGCGCUCGGCGGUGGUGGACCUGAAGCGGCCGGGCGGAGCGGCGGUGCUGCGCCGCCUGUGCCGCCGGGCGGACGUGCUGCUGGAGUGCUUCCGCGCGGGUGUGAUGGAAAAACUCCAGCUCGGCCCAGAGAUUCUGCAGAGGGAGAAUCCAAAGCUUAUCUAUGCCAGGUUGAGUGGAUUUGGCCAGUCAGGAAGAUUCUCUAGUGUAGCAGGACAUGACAUCAACUAUUUGGCUUUGUCAGGUGUUUUGUCAAGAAUUGGCCCAAGUGGUGAGAAUCCAUAUGCCCCGCUGAAUCUCGUGGCUGAUUUUGGUGGCGGUGGCCUCAUGUGCGCACUGGGCAUCAUGAUGGCUCUGUUUGAACGCACACGCUCUGGCAAAGGUCAGGUCAUUGAUGCAAACAUGGUGGAAGGAACAGCUUAUCUGGGUUCUUUUCUGUGGAGAAGCCUACCGACAGGACUGUGGGAACAGCCUCGCGGACAGAACUUGUUAGAUGGGGGAGCACCUUUCUACACGACCUACAGGACGGUGGACGGGGGGUUUGUUGCUGUGGGAGCGUUGGAGCCCCAGUUCUAUGAGCUGCUGGUCAAGGGACUUGGGCUAAAGUCUGAGGAACUUCCCAGUCAGAUGAGUACAGCUGAUUGGCCAGAAAUGAAGAAGAAAUUUGCAGAUAUAUUUGCAAAGAAGACAAAGGCAGAGUGGUGUGAGAUCUUUGAUGGCACAGAUGCGUGUGUGACUCCUGUUCUGACUUUUGAAGAGGUUCCCCAUCACGGUCACAACAAAGAUCGGGGCUCAUUUAUUACUGAUACAGAGCAGGGCGUGAGUCCCCGCCCUGCACCUCUGCUGUCCAACACCCCGGCUGUCCCUUCAUCCAGAAGGGAUCCUUUUGUAGGAGAACACACUGAAGAGAUACUUAAAGAGUUUGGCUUCAGCCAGGAAGAGAUCCAUCAGCUUAAGUUAGAUAAAGUUGUUGAAAGUAAUAAACUAAGAGGUAAUCUCUAAGUUCCAAGCCCCACAACUCAAAUGAAUUUGAAUAUUGCAUUUACAGUAUUGAAUAAUACAAAAGAGCGUAUGCAUGGAAAUAUGAAAAAACAGUAUCACAGUGAUCCAACUAUUCUAAUGAGGAAACAAGACUCUGAAUAUAGAGUAAUGAUUGAAUUCUGAAAAUGGUUAACAUCAUGGCUUUUGAUUUAGGAAUAUUUUUAGUUUGCCUAUACUAAACUGGCAGUUUUCUGCCUUUCAAUUUACUUGAUAGGUUAUAUUUGUUGAUUUAAAAUACUAGAAAAAUUAAAAUUAAAAAUAAAAUAAAAUACUAGAAAAAUGGUACAGAUAAACUGGUUUGCAAGGCAGAAAUAAAGACAUGGACAGAGAACAAAAUAUGGAUACCAAUGGGGAAAAGGUAUGGGGGUGUGGAAUGAAUUGGGAGAUUGAGGUUGAUGUGUAUAUACUAAUAUGUAUAAAAUGGAUAACUAAUGAGAAUCUGCUGUAUAGAACAGGGAACUCCACUUCACUGUACAGUAGAAACUUUACAACACAACAUUGUAAAACAACUAUACCUCAAUUAAAAAAGAAAAAAGAAAACAAAUGUGUACAAUAAACUGUAUCUCAACCAAUGAGAAAUGAAACAAAAAAUAAAAAAAAAUAAAAUGCUUAUGUAUUUAUAAUAUACUUUAAGUGAAUUAAUAUAAUGCUUUUUAUUAAAUAAAGCUUUUUCCCCCCUAAAGUUUACUCAUGCUUU